AUGCCGGCCACGUUGGGAAUCAACGGCUUCGGCCGCAUCGGCCGCCUGGUGUGCCGCGCGGCGCUCGGCAACCCGGAGGUGCAGCUGAAGGCCAUCAACGACCCCUUCAUGGACCUCGAGUACAUGGUCUACAUGCUCAAGUACGACUCCGUGCACAAGCGCUACCCGGGCACCAUCGCCACGAAGGUGGCCGACGGCAAGGAGUUCCUGAUCGUGGACGGCAAGGACAUCGCGGUGUUCCACGAGAAGGACCCGGCCUCCAUCCCGUGGGGCGCCGCGGGCGCCAGCUACAUCUGCGAGUCCACCGGCGUGUUCACUGCCCAGGAGAAGGCUGAGCUGCACAUCAAGGGUGGCGCCAAGAAGGUCAUCAUCUCUGCCCCUCCCAAGGACGCUGUCCCGAUCUACGUCGUCGGUGUGAACCACACCGAGUACAAGGCCUCGGACACCGUGGUGUCCAACGCGUCCUGCACCACGAACUGCCUGGCCCCGUUGACCAAGGUGGUGCACGAGAAGUUCGGCAUCGUGGAGGGUCUCAUGACCACGGUGCACGCGAUGACGGCCACGCAGCUCACGGUGGACGGCCCGUCCCGCGGCGGCAAGGACUGGCGCGGGGGCCGCUGCGCCUCGCAGAACAUCAUCCCGUCCUCCACAGGCGCCGCCAAGGCGGUGGGCAAGUGCCUCCCGGCGGUGAACGGCAAGCUCACAGGAAUGGCUUUCCGCGUGCCCACGCCGGACGUGUCCGUGGUGGAUCUGACGUGCCGCCUGGAGAAGGGCGCGAAGUACGACGAGAUCGUGGCAGCCGUGAAGGAGGCCGCCGCGGGCCCGAUGAAGGGCGUCCUGGACUGGACCGACGAGGAGGUGGUGUCCACGGACUUUGUGAGCUGCAAGGCCUCGUCCAUCUUCGACGUCAGCGCUGGCAUCUCCCUCAGCGACACCUUUGUCAAGCUGGUGUCCUGGUACGACAACGAGUGGGGCUACUCCAACCGCCUCGUGGACCUGUGCUGCCACAUGGCCAAGGAUGAUAUCAUCGCACAGAUCUUCGUGAAGGUGACUACCGAGUCAGGGGAAGGUAUACUGGUGCUGCUCUGCCUGUGCGGCUGCCGCCUCUGCGUUCCUGCUUUCUCUUGUCCGCGGUCCGCCCAGGAGCGGCCGCUGGCCUUGUUGGCCAUUGCUGUGCAGCUGGCGGGGGCGUGUCCCGCUGCGCUGUGCCACCGCACCGUGGUGCGAGGCGCGCGCGAGUAUCGCAUCGCUUGUUUCUUUGUUGCAAUGACGGACGAAGCCGCGAAGGCCGCGUUGACCGAAGCGCUCCGCAAGGUUGCGGGUGCCGAUGGGCGUGAUGCAGCCUGGUACACCAAGAUUGCUGAGGCGCUGCAUGCAGCCGGCGUGCGGAACUGGCGCGAGCUCGCCGAUGCCUGCAUCGAGGAUUUCGCGUUCCCUGCGGGAGAGACUGGCCUUGACGCUGGUCAUAAAGCCCACGUGCGCAGGGCUCUCGCCGCCGCCGCCGAGGAAGGCGCGGCGAAGCGCGGGGUCGCUGACCCAGGGGCGGUGCUUAAAGCGUUGCUUUCGGGAAAGAAGCCUGACGAGGUGCCGCGUCCACCGGGGUUGCGCGCGCGCGGCGUUCUCGGCGCCAUGCAGGCGACGCACCUCGAUCUCGCCAGCGUGGCGGCCAAGCUCAGAAAGGUCGGCGUUGCCUCGCCGUUUGUGCUGGUCGAUUUGAAGAAAUUGCCCCCUGAAUUCGCGGCUCUCAAGAAGGAUCUUCUAGAUCUGGCCAGCGCCAUCGAGGCCAACGGCCAGGCGGGAAAUCGCAAGACGCUGUUGACUUCGUCGCAGUGGCAGGCGGCGUGGAACAGGUACGUGCUGGCGGCGGCCGCGACAGGCCAGCUCAGCCUGGCGGCGUCGUGGGCGCAUCGCGAGAUUUGCUUGCGCGUGGCCAUGAAUGCCCACGCGCACAAGCGCCGCCCGCACCUGGCCAUUCACCGCGACCAGGCCCAGCGCGCAGCGUGCGCCAGGAACGCGUUGCCGCAUUCGUUCUGCGAGUUCGCGCGGUCUAUGUGGGCCGAGCGGACGAGGGCCGGCGAGCAUGAUUUCAACGCGGAGAAGGCAGCGGUGAAAUUCAGCUCGUGGGUCUUGCGCCAGGCCGAGGACGCGCGCGACCUCGACGAGAAGCCCGACGCGGGCUCAGGGGCCGCCAGCAAAGGCGGGGCUAGAGGUGCCAGCGGCAGCGGCAAAGGGCGUGCGCUGCACUUGCCUCGCAUGACUGUCAGCGUCGCGAUCGGAUUACAACCGUCCGGCGCGCGUUUCAGCACCGUGGAGAAGCGCGGGGUGCCAAAUCAAUCCGCAGCGAACAUGGAUAUGUUGGAUUUCGCCGCAAGGGCGGUCGCCGAGACUGUUGCUUUUAAGAAGGAGUGCAGUUUGCCUAGUGAGGUCUCUGAGGCUUUGAGCUGGGUCACCGCGCGGACGGCUGAACAGGUCAACGCAGACCGCGAGGCCAUUGUGCGCCAGAUAGAGUUUGAGGCCGAAGAUUUGGUAUCCAGCGGCGCGGCUGCGCGUUGGAUGCUCUCGGCCAGCCCAGAGUGCAGCCAGCGAGCGUCGAGCGAAGGCGGCGCAGCGGGGUGGCCGCAGGUCGCGCAGUGCCACAGCUGGCACCUGCGCAGGUCUCGCAGCCCAGUGCGAGGUGAGGCGAGGCGGCUGGCAGCAGCAUCAUUCAAUAUUUUGGAUUCGGUUGAGGACGCCAUCGCCGCGGCGACAGCCGGCGAGGGGGAUGACAUCGCGCCCGCGGCGUUGUGCUCAGGCAAAGGUCCGCGCGCCGCCACAGCAUCGCUGCAGUGCCACUUGCGCGCGCCAGCGGCUCGCGCAAAUUGGGUCGAAAGGGGGCGCGUGCGGUCGCUGCUGGGCUCAUGCCCCCGAUCCACUGCAAGCUUACGAAGCGGCAUGCGGUGCUGGAGCGGGUUCUGCGAGGGCGCCCUGGGCCUUGGCGGCGCCCAGAUCCCGCCCGCCCUCGAAUCUUUGUUGGCAUGGGCGCCCCUCUUUCGGUGCAGCGGAACGUUCGCGAAUUAUUUGGGCUUCGUGCGCGCCGUGUGCAUGCUCUGCCGUGCGGACACGGCAGUGUUCAAGGCGCCCGAACUAGCGCGGGCUCGUACUGCUAUCAGGCGGCAGCGGGGCACGCGGGGCGGUCGCGCCCAGGUCGCGCGGUCUGUCGGCGCGCGCAGGAAGCGACGGCUGUUUGUCCCACGCAAGAAGAAGUAUAUCAGGCACAGCAUGGUCGUGCGCAUGUUGCGACUGGCUCUGCGCGGCGCCGAACUGAGAGAGACGCAAGUACUGUGCUUAUUGGCGUAUACCUUCCUGCUGCGCGUUCUAUGGGGGGCGAUCCCUUGCGUGUGGGGAGCGACCGCGCCCGCGGGCGAAGUGCAUUCCUGCCUGCGUGUCGCCGGUGGCGAACUGCGACUGCGAUUGGUCAGCAGAAAGAAUGUGCCGUCGGGCACUGAGCUGGUCCGCGGUUGCUGGCGCGCAAAGCAUCCAGAGUCUUGCCCUGUGCACGUGCUCGGUAAGAUCGCGGCGACGCACAGCUGCAUCGGCCUCUCGACCUGCGCCGCGGCCGCGCGCAGGCUCGAGCACCGCGCCCGCUCGUGCGCUGCGAUCGCGGGGGGGCGCACAGGCCCCGUAGAGGACGCGGCCCCCGGAUCAGCCGCGGCCCUCGCAGACGCCGCGCGCAGGGCGGGAUUAGUGGGCCGCGCAGUUGCCGCGGCCCUGGCCCCCCGGCAGUCGGGGGAGCCGGCGGCGCUGGGCGGGCCGGCCCCCUCUCGCGAAGGGAUGCGCUGCCGCUGCCUCGGCGAGCGCGCCCGCGUUCAGGGGGCGCUCGGGCAGGUCGCGGCGGCCGAGGGCUCCGGCGCAGCGGGGGCGCCGCCGAAGGAGCUCGUGGGCCGGUCGGUUGCCGGGGCGGCAGGCGCUGCAGCGGCUGCGGAGGCGGUGGCGGCCGAGGACUUCGGCGCGGCGGGGUCGCCGCUAACGGGCCGGGUGGCAGACGUGGAGAAGGGGCGGGGGCGACUGCGGAGGUCGCCGAGUUGCGCGACAUAUAAGUGGGCCUGCAAGUCGCACGACCAAGGAGAUUGGGCCAGGGAGGCGCUGGAAGUUGCCGACAAAGUAGCGCUUGAGUUCAAAGCGGUGUUCGACAUUCAUGGGCCGUUCUGGCUCCAGAUUAGGUUUCGCCCUGCCCUCCUGCCUGCGUGCUACUUGAACACCAUGCCGGCCACGUUGGGAAUCAACGGCUUCGGCCGCAUCGGCCGCCUGGUGUGCCGCGCGGCGCUCGGCAACCCCGAGGUGCAGCUGAAGGCCAUCAACGACCCCUUCAUGGACCUCGAGUACAUGGUCUACAUGCUCAAGUACGACUCCGUGCACAAGCGCUACCCGGGCACCAUCGCCACGAAGGUGGCCGACGGCAAGGAGUUCCUGAUCGUGGACGGCAAGGACAUCGCGGUGUUCCACGAGAAGGACCCGGCGUCCAUCCCGUGGGGCGCCGCGGGCGCCAGCUACAUCUGCGAGUCCACCGGCGUGUUCACUGCCCAGGAGAAGGCUGAGCUGCACAUCAAGGGUGGCGCCAAGAAGGUCAUCAUCUCUGCCCCUCCCAAGGACGCUGUCCCGAUCUACGUCGUCGGUGUGAACCACACCGAGUACAAGGCCUCGGACACCGUGGACUGGCGCGGGGGCCGCUGCGCCUCGCAGAACAUCAUCCCGUCCUCCACAGGCGCCGCCAAGGCGGUGGGCAAGUGCCUCCCGGCGGUGAACGGCAAGCUUACAGGAAUGGCUUUCCGCGUGCCCACGCCGGACGUGUCCGUGGUGGAUCUGACGUGCCGCCUGGAGAAGGGCGCGAAGUACGACGAGAUCGUGGCAGCCGUGAAGGAGGCCGCCGCGGGCCCGAUGAAGGGCGUCCUGGACUGGCGACCUGGGUACCGCCGGCAGCCGGCACCGAUCGUGGCGAGCGACCCUGUGCCCAGGAUCGAGGUGCGCGAGCCUCCUGGCGCAGGUGGUGUUCCAAGGACUUGUGACUGCAAGGCCUCGUCCAUCUUCGACGUCAGCGCUGGCAUCUCCCUCAGCGACACCUUUGUCAAGCUGGUGUCCUGGUACGACAACGAGUGGGGCUACUCCAACCGCCUCGUGGACCUGUGCUGCCACAUGGCCAAGGUGCAGCUGAAGGCCAUCAACGAUCCCUUCAUGGACCUCGAGUACAUGGUCUACAUGCUCAAGUACGACUCCGUGCACAAGCGCUACCCGGGCAUCAUCGCCACGAAGGUGGCCGACGGCAAGGAGUUCCUGGUCGUGGACGGCAAGGACAUUGCGGUGUUCCACGAGAAGGACCCGGCGUCCAUCCCGUGGGGCGCCGCGGGCGCCAGCUACAUCUGCGAGUCCACCGGCGUGUUCACUGCCCAGGAGAAGGCUGAGCUGCACAUCAAGGGUGGUGCCAAGAAGGUCAUCAUCUCUGCUCCUCCCAAGGACGCUGUCCCGAUCUACGUCGUCGGCGUGAACCACACCGAGUACAAGGCCUCGGACACCGUGGUGUCGAACGCGUCCUGCACCACGAACUGCCUGGCCCCGCUGACCAAGGUGGUGCACGAGAAGUUCGGCAUCGUGGAGGGUCUCAUGACCACGGUGCACGCGAUGACGGCCACGCAGCUCACGGUGGACGGCCCGUCCCGCGGCGGCAAGGACUGGCGCGGGGGCCGCUGCGCCUCGCAGAACAUCAUCCCGUCCUCCACAGGCGCCGCCAAGGCGGUGGGCAAGUGCCUCCCGGCGGUGAACGGCAAGCUCACAGGAAUGGCUUUCCGCGUGCCCACGCCGGACGUGUCCGUGGUGGAUCUGACGUGCCGCCUGGAGAAGGGCGCGAAGUACGACGAGAUCGUGGCAGCCGUGAAGGAGGCCGCCGCGGGCCCGAUGAAGGGCGUCCUGGACUGGACCGACGAGGAGGUGGUGUCCACGGACUUUGUGAGCUGCAAGGCCUCGUCCAUCUUCGACGUCAGCGCUGGCAUCUCCCUCAGCGACACCUUUGUCAAGCUGGUGUCCUGGUACGACAACGAGUGGGGCUACUCCAACCGCCUCGUGGACCUGUGCUGCCACAUGGCCAAGGUUGACGGCGCCUGA